AUUGGAGACCGUCACUUCCAGAUUCCCCGAGAUAUCUUCUCUAGCCCGGGAGACUCGCCCAACUUCUUCUCCCUCGGCUUUGCCGUAUUCUUUGCCUCUCCUACCGCCGUCUUCCCGGGCCUCGAGCGCGAAGGCCUCCUGCGCCCGCCUUCCAUCACUCCUCCCAUCGUCAGCAGCCGGUCUGGAGACGUCUUCGCCGAACUGCUGCAUUUGUUGCGUGGCUACCCGGUACACAUCCGCGACGAAGAGCAUCGGGCAUGUCUGCUGCGAGAUUGCCGUUACUACCAUUUGCGUGGCCUCGAGCAGAAGUUGAUACCCCAUGACAUCAGCUAUAACCUGGAGAGACGCCGGUUCGAGAUCACCGUACGCCUCGAAGACGUCCGGCCGUCUGGCAUCACCUUUGUUCCUGACGGAGAGGGCAGCAGCAACCCCAAUGCCAACAGCACUAUUACAGGAGGAUGGAUACAUUAUGCCCGGCCGUUUGUGGAUGAUGAUCAUCGUGAAUUGAUCAUUGAAAUUGGCGGCGGCAACACCCUUGUCGACUUGACCACCAUGCGAGCCGAAUUGCACGGCCUGGCCAAAGCUCGUGUCACCAGCCUGUGCCAGGUCAUUUCUAACAAGAUGAAUUUACCCACCAACACUCCCCUGAGCCUUACGGUGACACCCGGAAAUAGCAGCAGCAGCAAUAACAGCCCUGCCAACGGUAGCAACACUGCUUUGACCGGAGAUAGGAUCAAGAUCCACAUUGACUCAAGUACAGACAUCACCCUCGAUGGCGAGCCCUUUAGCCCCAACAACAACUACGAUACCACCUCCAACGGCUCCAACAACAGCACAUUCCAACCGGCAGAAGCUCCCGCUGGUUACUCGCCCAUGGAAGGCAAUGCACCCCCAUUAACUCCAUCUGGCCUCUACCCCCGCCUCCAGACACCGUCUGCCGCCGCUGUCCAGCCCAACCAGCAGCUGCCCCGCAAGCGCCGCAGGGUCGACGGCAGCGAGAGGAGCCGCCAGUGGGUGGUCGAUCGUGGCCAGUGGCGACUGCGAGUCCAUCCCAGCACCAAUGCCAGCACCGGCACGAGCCAGAUGGAGGUUGUCUUCGUCGCCGUCAAGCUUGAGGCUCACUCCAGCCAGCGAGCCCGCAAUGCUCGUCGGUCCUUCGUCUCUUGA